GUCAACUUGGUUGUUAACGAAGAAGAGAAUGCGCUCUCUGGGCAGCGGAAACUAGCGUCUUCUUCCCCAACCUCCUGGAAUGAGAAAUGGCGGCGUCUGUGUGCCGAGUCGGGAGCACCGUGGGUCGUGUACUUGCCAAAACCCGCAGUCCCCUCUUGCUGUCUCUAAGGCGGGGACAGGCUUCAGUUAGCUAUGCCCAAAGCCUGCUGGGAGCCCCUGAAACCCGUGUCACUUCCUUAGAUAAUGGAUUGAGGGUCGCAUCAGAAGAGACGGGACAUGCUACAUGCACGGUUGGACUAUGGAUCAGUGCUGGUAGUCGUUAUGAGAGUGAAAAGAACAAUGGAACAGGCUUUUUCCUGGAGCACUUGGCCUUCAAGGGAACCAAGAAGCACCCUCAGUCAGCAUUAGAGCAGCAGGUGGAAGCUAUGGGUGCUCAUUUGAGUUCCUACACAUCCCGCGAACACACCGCAUACUACAUGAAGACUUUGGCUAAAGAUCUGCCUAAAGCUGUAGAGCUUCUAUCGGAGGUGGUGCAGAACUGUUCACUGAGUGAGGCGGAGAUUGAGCAGCAGCGGGGUGUAGUGCUACGCGAACUGGAAGAAGUCGGAGGCAACCUGCAGGAGGUUUGUCUUGACCUGCUGCAUGCAACUGCCUACCAGGGCACUGCACUUGGCCACAGUGUGCUGGGACCAUCCAACAAUGCUAGAACCAUCACCCGCCAGGAUCUAGUGGAAUACAUCAACAGCCAUUAUAAGGCUCCUCGCAUGGUUCUGGCUGCAGCUGGAGGUGUGAACCAUGAAGAGCUGGUUAGUUUGGCCCAGUCACAUUUCAGCGGAAUGUCCUUUGAAUACGAGGGAGAUGCUGUUCCUGUGUUGUCGCCCUGCAGGUUUACUGGAAGUGAGAUUCGCAUGCGUGAUGAUGGUCUGCCACUAGCACACGUUGCCAUCGCAGUGGAGUGUGCUGCUGCUGCUAGCCCGGACAUUGUGCCUCUCAUGGUGGCUAAUGCUGUCAUCGGAAGCUAUGACCUCACUUGCGGUGGGGGAAAGAACAUGAGCAGCCGUCUGGCCCGCCUGGCGGCAGAGGAAAACCUGUGUCACAGUUUCCAGGCGUUUUACUCACCUUACAGUGACACCGGCCUGCUGGGCAUUCACUUUGUGACUGAUAAGCAUCACAUUGACGACAUGAUGCACUGGUCCCAGAAUGCCUGGAUGAACUUGUGCACCACAGUCACCGAGAGUGAUGUAGCCCGAGGCAAGAAUGCUCUGAAAGCUGGAAUGGUGGGACAGCUCAACGGAACAACACCAAUUUGUGACGAAAUCGGCAGACACAUGCUGUACUACGGACGUCGCAUUCCUCUGGCCGAGUGGGAUGCUCGCAUCGACGCUGUGACCCCCAGGAUGGUGCGUGACAUUUGCUCUAAAUACAUCUAUGAUAAGUGUCCAGCUGUGGCAGGUGUCGGCCCCAUAGAGCAGCUGCCUGACUACAACAGAAUGCGCAGUGGCAUGUACUGGCUGAGGUUUUAAAUUGCAUUGUGGUGUUUCUUAAUGUCUGCUCCUCAUCCUCACACUGAGUUGCAAGAAAAUUGUCCACGCAGAAAGCCAUUGAUCUAUUCUCUCUCCUUCCCCUCUACCUCUUCUUGUCAUGCCCACUGAAAGUGGCAGCUAUGUUGUCUGAGUAGAGAUCUGAAUUGGUAACCUUGUUUAAUCUGCACAUGACCUACGCAGUCGUCACAGAUGUUUGGGAGAAUGGACUUCAAGUAUAAUCAGGACGCAGUACAUCCCAAAUACAACCAGUCUGGAGCAAGCGUAUAUUUAUAAUUUCUGUAAGAUUAAUUUGUCUCCUAUUGUACAUAAUAGAAGGUCUCAUUCUGGCUAAAAUAAAAAACAACUGUAAAACACUGCAUCUUUUGUGUGUUGUAUUUAGCCCAGUUAGAGUGGCUCUACUGCAGCAUCUGUAAU